UGCACCGGGAGGAAGCUGGCGCGGAAGGGCCUGGUGCGCACCCUGCGGCCCCGGCAGCGCUUCCCGGGGCUCGUGCUCAGCCCCGUGGCCACCGAAUACGUCUCUCCCGCCGACAGGCACAUCAUUGCUCAGAGUGGAAUCGCAGUCAUCGAUUGCUCAUGGGCCAAGUUGGAGGAAACUCCCUUCAGGAUCAUGAGGGGGAGGCACCUGCGCUUGCUGCCUUACUUGGUGGCUGCGAAUCCUGUGAACUACGGCCGGCCCUGCAAGCUGUCCUGUGUGGAGGCUUUUGCUGCAGCUUUUCACAUUGCUGGAUUCCCAGACCUAGCCACCAUUCUUCUAAGCAAAUUUAAAUGGGGUGAGGCAUUUAUUGACUUGAACAAAGAUCUGCUGGACAGAUACGCAGCCUGUCAUUGCCAGGAUGACGUGCUAAGCGUUGAGAAGGACUUUUUAGAGGGUGUCCAAGAGACAGAAGAGGAAGAAAUAGAUCCAUUUGAUGUUGACUCGGGAAGAGAAUUUUCUAAUCCCAACAGGCCAGUCAGUUCUUCAGGUCUAGCACAAAGCCAGGAAGACUCUGAGGAGGACAGUGGGAGCACUCCAGAUGAUGCCACUGAAAGCAGUGAGGAGAGCAGUCCAGAAGCUGAUGGUACUGUAUAG